GUGGGCCUUUGUGAUGAAGAAGCACCUGAGCACUCACCUGUUGGGGAAACAUGGACUGGGCCAGCCCAAAGAGAGGAAGUUUGAGUGUGAUCUGUGCGACCGGUCGUUCAGUGAGAAGUGGGCUCUGAACAACCACAUGAAGCUGCAUACGGGGGACAAGCCCCAUAAGUGUGCCUGGCCUGCCUGCCACUACGCCUUCCUCACCCUGUCUGCCAUGAAAGACCACUACAGGACCCACACAGGAGAGAAGUCCUUCCUGUGUGAUCUCUGUGGUUUUGCGGGUGGCACGCGACAUGCCCUCACCAAACAUCGCCGCCAACACACAGGAGAACGGCCCUUCAAGUGUCAGCUGUGCGGCUUCGCCUCCACCACCCAGUCCCACUUGACCCGCCACAAGCGGGUGCACACAGGGGAGAAGCCCUACCGAUGCCCCUGGUGCGACUACAGAUCCAACUGUGCGGAGAACAUCCGAAAGCACAUCCUGCACACGGGGAAGCACGAGGGAGUGAAGAUGUACAACUGCCCCAAGUGUGACUACGGCACCAACGGCCCCAUGGACUUCAGGAACCAUCUGAAGGAGCAUCACCCCGACAUCGAGAACCCUGACCUGGCCUACCUGCAUGCAGGUAUCGUGUCCAAGUCGUUCGAGUGUCGUCUAAAGGGCCAGGGAGCCACAUUCGUGGAGGUUGACACAGCGUUUGACGGGGCCUUCCCGGUGCGGAGGGUGGGCUCCAUGGAGGGGCUGGAGGGCCAGGAGGGUGUCCAGCAGGUGAUUAUCAUCCAGGGCUACGGCGAUGGGGAGAUGGCCUUCGACCAGGCCCUGGAAGAGUCAGCCGCUGCCACCCUGCGGGAUCUGGCCAUGGCGGGCCAGGUGGCCGAGGUGCUCCACAUCACCGAGGAUGGCCAGGUCAUCUCCUCAGGGAGGGAGGUGUCUGCAGGCGGGGCACAUCACCUGGCCGGAGGCACCACCCAGUACGUCCUGCUGGAGUCCGGCGGGUCUGCAGCCGGAGGUCAUGGGGGAAGGGCGAUGCACCACCACAUGGUGUCUGAGUCAUCCACGGCUCUGGAUGCUCUCCUCAGUGCCGUCAGCGAGAUGGGCCAGCAGGAAGAAGACAGCCAAGAGGUCAUGACCCAGGAAGUUGUGUCAGAGGUCAUGGAGCGAGUGGAGGAGGAGGAGAUGGAGGUGGAGGUGAAGACGGAGGAGGAGGUGUGCGAGGAGCAGCAGGUGCAGGAGGAGCAGGUGGUCCAGGAGGUGCUGCAGUUUGCAGCCAGCCAGCUGAUGAUGAAGGAGGGGCUGACCCAGGUGAUCGUCAACAAUGAGGGGACCCACUACAUCGUGACGGAGCUGGAUGACAACACCCUCCAGGUGGAGGGGACCAUGUACACCCAGCACCAGGGAGGGGAGGACGACCAGCAGAGCGAGGGAGUUUCAGAGGGCCAGGCUGGGGAGAGGAUGGUCUACUACCUGGAUGGAGCUACACACAACGUGGUUCUGGAGAAGAUGGAGGUGGACUAGUCAGUGACUGUGGCAAGUUUCCUUGAUUCCUCGAGUCCUCUCUCCUCGCCUCCUUUUCAAAAGCCGUUGGAUACGAAGUUAUAGGGGAGUGACCUCUGACCUUUUCAUCCAUUGGGUUUUGAGUAGGAGGCGAGGAGAGAGGAUGCAAGAAAUCAAGGAAAUGCAAUUGAGACUCUCCCUGUGUGAUGAACAAAUGUCUAGCUUAAAGCCCUUAAGAGUCUUUCUCUGUCUCUUGGAAAAUGUAAUAUUUUUUUUUACAUAGCUUUAUCUCCAUUUUGUAACGAUUUACUCAGGAUAACCUUCACAUCUAUGGAGUUAUAGUGAGGGGCGAAGAUUAUUGCUAACAUUAUUUAACAUCUGCAUAAUUUUACAGCCAAUGCCAGAAUUACCACUUGUUUUUGAAGUCAUGACUGGAAAUACAUAGGCUAUUUUCACAUGGUUAUAUUUUUUGAAGUGUGUUCAAUUGCAAAAAUAAUAAUUUUAAUAUUACAUUUCCAGCAGGACAUUUUCCCGUUAUCUAGAAAGACUUAGAAUCUUUAAGUUGCAUGGUUUGGUUUUAUUGAAAGUUGGAGAAUAAUAACAGCUUUAUUUUCAAGGAAAUUUCCAACCCAAAAACGAUAUUUUGGUAUUUGUUUAAUUAGUCCAUUGUUGAUAUAGUACAGAAAUGUUUUGCAUAUCAGCAAUCAAGUUCUCAAGAUAUAUAACUUUCAAAAUACAGAAAUACAGCCGGUAUGAUGCAUUUUGCAUCAUGAUGCAAAAUGCAGCAGUUUUCCUUUAAGUAGUGAAUUAAUUUGCAAUUGUAAAUUAAAUAAUUAUUUUUUGUUUGUUCAUUUAAAAGGUACAUUAAUAGGUCAUGUUUUGAUAAGACAGGCUAUUACAACUUGCUAUCAUACCUUGCUGAAUCUAGGACCAAUAGCAUUUUGGACAUCGAAAAUAUCCAGGCUGCUGAUUGGUCUAAAUCCAGGGGCAGUCCAAUGAUUGGCUUUUUUUUCAGCAAUUGCUCAAUAUGGUCAGGAUGCUGAUUGGUCUGAAUCCAGGGGCAGUCCACCUGUUUUUCAGGAUGUUCUCAAAAUGUCACGGUGCUGAGUUUCUGAUAAUCAUAAUUCAAUUCAAGUUGACAAGUAUUUUUUUCCAUUGGUUUUACUGCUCUCAGUUAAUGUAAAUAUAUGUUUCUGUAAAUGAAAUUGUAAUGAUACUGGCGUUUGAGUAAUGACAAUAAAGCUCAAUCUUCA